CGCUUCCCUCCCUCGCGAUGGGUCCGUCCUGCGUCCCGAGGAGCUGCAGUUACUCGCUCACUUUUCCACCAGGAGACUUUGGGACGCCUUUGGACUGAGCGGGAUGAAACGCGCUAUUCUUCUGCAAACGAGCCAUCAGAAAGCGUUUCAGUCACUGCACACCUGAGACGCAGCGCGCUCUGUCCGCACGCGCAGACUCACUCAUCGCUCGCGCAGAGGUCUGGGAGUUUAAACGCACUGAUUCCCGAACCCAGCUGCAUCCCGGGAAGCAUGCACACACUGAGGAUUACAGCCAGAACUCCUCUACUGCUGCUGUGCGUCCUCCUCACAGCAUUCACACACGCAGUGGCUGACGUGAACCUGUCGCAGUCUGGAGAGAUCGAGGCUGUAGCUGAGGCCCAGAGCGGAGGACUGCCAACAGCUGAAGGUUAUUUCCUGGAGUUUGUGGAGCCACCAAACAAUAUAACUAUAGUGCAGGGCCAGACGGUCACUUUACACUGCAAAGUGGCGGGCCACCCGUGGCCCAGCAUCCGCUGGCUUAAGAAUGACGCCCCGGUGGUGCAGGAGCAGGGCCGAGUCUCCAUCCGCAAGACAGAGGCUGGAUCCAAGCUCCGCAUUCAAGACCUGGACACCACCGACACCGGAUACUACCAGUGUGUGGCUUCAAACUCCAUCAAAGUCAUUGCAGCUACUGGAGUGCUCUAUGUGCGACUGGGGAGUGGAGGACAGUCACCGGCCCAUGGAGGAGAAGACUCAACGCACGAGAAGGGCUUCUGCCAGCCGUACCGUGGCAUCGCGUGCGCUCGCUUCAUAGGGAACAGGAGUAUCUACGUGGAGUCUCUGCAGAUGCAGGGAGAAAGUGAAAACCGCAUCACUGCGGCCUUCACGAUGAUUGGCACCUCGACCCAGCUAUCAGACCAGUGCUCUGAAUUUGCCAUCCCGUCCUUCUGCUAUUACGUCUUCCCGUUGUGCGAGGAGGGCACCAGAGGUCCAUGGCGGCGCCAGCUCUGCCGCGACGAGUGCGAGGCUCUGGAGAACGACUUGUGCAAUGCAGAGUACACCAUCGCACGCUCCAACCCUCUCAUCCUCAUGCAACUCGAGCUGCCCGCAUGCAACCUGCUUCCCCACCCCGGCUCGCCAGAAGCUGCCAGCUGCAUUCGCAUCGGCCUGCCACCGCAGUAUUCACCCCCAAAUCACAGCUGUUACAACGGAAGUGGCGCCAACUACAAAGGCACGGUCAGUGUCACUAAAUCAGGCUACCAGUGUCAGCCGUGGAGCGCACCGUAUCCACACAGUCAUCAUCUGACGCCUGUUGAGUACCCUGAGCUCAGAGGAGGCCACAAUUUCUGCAGGAACCCCGGAGGGCAAAUGGAGAGCCCUUGGUGUUUCACUUUGGACCCUAAUGUUAGAGUGGACGUCUGUGACAUUCAGCCCUGCAAGCCUCCGGAGAAAAUGAAAAAAGAGAUACUGUACAUCUUAAUCCCCAGUAUAGCCACCCCUCUUGUUAUUGCCUGCUUAUUCUUCUUGAUCUGCAUGUGCCGCAACAAACAGAAAGAGUCUGCUGACACCCCCACUCGCCGCCAACUCACAGCCUCACCGAGUCAAGAAAUGGAGCUGCCUCUACUUAACCAGCACAAGCAUCAGGCGAAGCUACGAGAACUCAACCUGUCUGCAGUUCGGUUCAUGGAAGAGCUUGGAGAGGACCGUUUCGGAAAAGUCUACAAAGGUCACCUCUACGGUACGGCUCCAGGUGAACAGACCCAGGUGGUGGCUAUAAAGACGGUCAAAGACAAGGACGAGGGUCUUUCUGUUGAUGAACUGGCUCGCAUCAGCAGUUUACGGAAUGCAUGCCAGUUUCACGCGGCGCCCAGCCUCCGUGCAAACAGUGGGACGCGACGGAAAAGACAGUUUACGCCUGAUGAGCAGAAAGACGGUAAUUACUGGCUCAAACGAACUCGUAAUAACGAAGCUGCGAAGAGGUCUCGCCAGCGCAAGAGGAUGGAGGGACAUCUUCUGGAGUCGCGCGCCGUCGAGCUUCAACGAGAGAAUGACAAAUUAAAGGCUGCGCUCUCUGCAGUCCAGCAUCACAGCACGGCUCAAAGUAACCCGAUGCCUGCUGCUUCUGGGUUCCCUCUUGGACUGCCAAAUGGCUGUUAUCCGCGCAGUUUUGCCGUUCCUACAACUGUGUUCCCACUGCGCAGUCUGCCUCUUUGCCCAUUUUCUGGUUGUUGCGGAACAGUAUGUCCUGAAACAAAUCUUUUUCGCUCGGUUUUGGAUUCGGCAUCAUACCCUUUGCUGAAAAACUCUGCCGAUAAUAAUAAUACUACGAAAUCCCCGCGCAUCAGUUUAUUGGAUGGCUCUCAUCCAGUGGGCAGGUACAGUCAUGGAACCAAUGCAUGCACCAGCCGAGCGUAUGUGAGGAAUAGAGAUUUUGCGAAUGGAAACGACUCGGCUCAAACGACGCACGAGCUGCCGGAGGACAGAAACGCAUUGGCCAACCUGUCGCGCGGUUAUAUUUCCAAAACAUCGCCUUCUGAUGCGGCGCAGAAUUACGCGCGGCAGCCUGCACCGAUCGGGGGUGAAACGCAAACAAAUGCAGAGGAACGAACUUGCCAACAACAAGCGACCGCGCAGUCCGUUCUGCUGCCGCACAAACUGCGCUACAAAGCCGGUAUCGCAAGAUCCAUUACAAAAUUCUCUGGAACUGACUUCACAAAAGAGGACACAUGA